UUCCGGCAAGGAUUCUUUUCGUGUUGUGCCGCUAGCAAGAUGCCCAAACAAACGGUGCUGAAGGGUUUGGCUAAGUGCAAACAUCCAAACAGCAGGAAAACACAAGCUUUAGCCCGGCAGAUAAAAAAGAUCAGCAACCGAGAAAAGAAAAAACUGGGACAUGCGGCCAAGGCAAACAUUCUUGGCAUGAAACUGGCGUGGUUUGCCGAAAAGGUGGAAGGUCGAGAUCGACCUAUUACGCCGAGCGAAUACGAACAGCUGAUCGACCUGUACCUACAGCGGUUUGAUGAAGAACUAGAACAGAUUAAAAUAGUGCAAUCGAUCGGAAAGCACCGAAUAAACCAACACGCCUCUCGGGAAUCGGUCAUUCGAACGACGAUUGACACGGAGAAGCAACACUUCGCAGGUGGUGGGAUCGAGCUACCAGACCUGUGCAAUGCGGAACAUUUCAAGCUGUUCCAGGAGUGGAACGGAGAUGCAGCGAGUGUGCAGCACCUUGCCCUCGAAUUUGUGUCCCGAAAAUUGCUACAAUCCAAGGCAGUGAACAAUGAGUCCACAAAUAGUGAUCAGCAGAUGGCGGAAUCGUAAUAUAUCAUUCGGAUAAAGUAGAACUUAAUGUGCCGUUUCGGAAUGUUGCCCCCAAUUAUAUUUCUUAACAUCUUUCACAGGCACAAAUCAAUCUCAGCAUAAAAUGUGCCUUACUUUUUACAGCACAAUGGAUCCUGUUUAGAGAAAAAAAUCACGAAGUCUCUUUUUGCUUUCCUUUCCGUAACCACGAUAGCAUGAAUACGUUCUCCGGAGUGGCUAUUGGCCUUGUGGCAACCAUUUGCAAAACCGGCACAGGUUUGUUG